GAGUAUAUUUUUUGUCAUUUCUAGCCAUUUAUCUGCUUGACUUGUAGUACCUCGUCAUUGGUGAGUCUUCCAAUAGAAAACGCAGCAAGUAGAGUCAUGGAAAGCCAUGUAGGUACCGUGCAGUGGAAAAGGGCCAUUGUCUAAACAUGCAGCACAGAUUUAAGGAAUGGCGGGCUUUGUGGCACACAAACAUGCACACGCACACACCCACACACACAAAAUGAUUUACAUGUGCUCUUUCCAGGGCAUGUCCAGCUGGUGCUGCUGAACACUGUCAAGUCAGCAGGGUCAGCCUCAGUUUCAGGAGCUUCAAGUGGACAGAGAGAUGCUGCUGGCGUCCAAUAGGAGCGUGGCCGAUGAGAGUCUGGCCCAACGGCCACGCCUGAAUAACAGCAAACUCCAGUUGGCAGAGAAAUACAAGGAACUGUCCAACCUGGCGUCCACUUGUUGGGAAAAACAGAGUCAGCUUGGGACACAAGUCCAGAAGCACAGCCUGCAGACUGCACAGAACCUCCUGCAGGAAGAGGUGGCACGUGCCGAGGAGUGCUCAGAGGAGCUGCUGGACAAGUUCAUGGAGGGGAACGUAAGCCUGGAUGAGUUCUUGGACUCCUUCCAGAGCUCCAGGAGGACUUAUCAUAUCCGGCGAGCACAAGCGGAGAAGAUGCAGGAGAUGAGCCGCUCCAAGAGGCAAACGGGUAAAGGCGGUGAGGAGAAGAGGGAGACGGGAGGGGAAGUCCCCUCCGAGCGGCUCCUCCCGGAUCCUCCGCGCCCCAACGGCUUCAUAGCGCAGGGACCUCUCCGGGUGUUCCAGGUGCGCUACGGACUCACGCCGGCCAUCCUCCUCCCGCAUUAUCCCGUGUCUACGCCGAACCACCAAAACAGGACUCCCCCACCGCCAGAGCCCCACCAGGGGCACAUCUUCAGCCCUGGUGGCGCCCCCCCGCUGUCGGGGCACGGACAGCCGGUCGGCCUCAGGGUCAUCGGGCAGCUGCCGGGCGGCUGGCCAGCUAACGGACGGCCCGUGCGUUUGCAGCAGCUCUACAGGCCCAACCCUCAACAACCCGAACCGCCAUUCCGAUAGGACGGGGAGACAAAAAGCUGCUUUGGAAGGUCUCGGAUCCCAGGAUACACGGGGGUGCCGUUCGUCUCCGUCCACACAGGAAGCUGCCAGCACAUAGACGACAUGCAACCUGCUUUUAUAUCCCAAAAGAGGAACAGCGGCGGAAAUGGCGUUCCGUCAGGUGACUGCGGUGCAAAAGACAAAAGAUGUCUUAUUUAUUGUCGCACACGUGAUGAUCUACUGAAAGUCUUUCAGCCUCUUUCAUUUUUAAAAAUAUUUAUUCCUGUAAAUCCUAUUUUCAAUGGCCGCCUUCAAAGAUGCUAAAGGAAGAAGCGCAUCUCUUUUCAAGGCAGACGUUCCCAUUCCUUCCCCCCCCCCCCUUCACCCUUCAGAGUGGAGGAUUUCAGUCUCCAUGGGAGGAAGUCAGACUGGUUAGAGGCGCUCCGGCAGCUUUUGGGAUUAUAAUAAUUCUCCAAUUAUUCCGCUACUCAGUGUGAUGUUUUGGGGGUUUUUUCCUGCUUUUUCAAGUCAUUGGGAGUGAAGGUUUCCUUUGACAAACUACUUGAAAAAUGCCUUUCCAGAGGUGGGUGCCCACUUCCACCAAUCAGCUGUCUUUAACUGCAUCUUUUAACCACGUCGAGCUCGCUUCCUCGCUCUUUACGUAACCGCAUUUAGUUUAUCUUCAAGCACAUCACAGGUUUACACUUGCACAGUUCAACAUCAACAAGGAGUCAGAAGACGUAAUCCUACCCGUCCUCCGUGUCUCAUUUACUCACUUUCUAGCUUGACUUCCUGUGUUGAACAUGUGCCAGCUUAGGCAAGGGACAGGACGCAAAUGUGUACUCUAGUAGUACUUUUUCUCAGUCCUGAAUAAUCACUGUUUUUGUAUUUUAAGUGAUAUUUUAUAGUAGUCAUGGCCUGAAAUAUGCCCUAAAUGCGUCUCAGCGUUUCCCAGUGUGCUGCGCAAAGCAAAUAUUGUUUCAUAUUGCUGUAGGAAGACGCAACCUGCUGGAGGUUUAAGGAUUGGGACAAACACGUCAAAAUCAGAUAAUGAAAUGCCGUAUUUCCUCCGAUAGACGCCGUGCUACACUUCCACAGACAAACGUGACUCCUCAAAUAAUCCGAUUUUUUUCAAAUAACAGCUGGUCCCACGAGGAUCACUUGUGUCCAUCCAUCUUCUAUGCCGCUUAUCCUCUCUCGGGUCGUGGUGGGUUUGCUGGAGCCUAUCCCAGCUGACUUCGGGCGAGAGGCGGGGAACAACCUGGACUGGUCGCACAAACAACCGUUCACACUCACAUUCAUACCUGUGGAGUCCCCACCUAACCCAACAUGCAUGCUUUUGGAAUGUGGGAAGAAGCCGGAGUACUCCUGCUACUCUCUGCAGUUGAGUAAAUACAAAAGGUUAUUUUGUUAUGUGAGUAAAAUGCAGUAUUCCCAAUUUUUGGCUUUGUUUGAAAAUGCUGUUACAGAAAAGUCCGGAAUGUGCCGUGUUGCCCAAUGAAAUCGUACGAUGGCGUGCAACACAACAUUGGCGGGUGGAAUGAGUGGCGGAUGUUUACCUUCCCGACCCUGUCGCGCCUUUUCCACUUUUACCUCACAUGCCGUCCCGCCUCUGUUGCGGCUCGGGUACCACCUGUGAAUUAGAGUAGUUCUCCAGUGGUGCGUACGCAGGACGAGGUGGAGACAAAAACAAACAAAAGUGGUAAAAUUGGCGUAAAUGUGCACAUGAUGGUGGUGCAGCGGAGCACUGUUUGGUUGGAGGUGCACUCGUGUGUCCACUCAGGAAAGAAAUACACUCCCGUCGGGUCAUUUGUGUUGUUGUUGAAGCAGUGUGAUUGUUAAAGAAUGACUUAUUGUGUUCUUUUUGUCAUGUUUGACGUCCACUGAGGCUCAGAACAAACGUCUUCAUAGAAGUAGACCACAUAAACACUCGAAGUGCUCAUUGGUUCAAAUGUGGGGUUUUUGUCCAUCCUGUCCCGUCUCGUCUAUCCGGGAUUCUUCCCCAGCCGCCUUCUUUUAACAUAGACAUGCACACAAAAGUAUUGGGACGCAGGGAGUUACAACCGACUCACCCGAGAGAGUCGUCUCCGAACUGUUCCCGCAAACUUUGCAGCACACCGCUGGUCCAAAAUGACCUUUCAGAGGGCAAACGAGAACCGCUACCCGCCGCUGUGGCCCGUGUGAUUUUUAUCGCGUGUCAUCGGAGCUGAGACGGGCAAGGUUGUUGCUUGGGAUCAUUAUGAUCCACGUUGAGUCAACAUUGAAAGGAAAGAAAAACAACUUCAGCAGACGCCAUUGUUGUCCCCUUUUGAAAAUGGCCAACGUGAAGACAUUUCUUUUUGUUUUCUGUUUUGACUUAUGUGCAUUUGUGUUGGCUCAAGAUGUGCACGCGUGUACCUAAUGUUCCGUCCGUUAAUUCAAGCUGCAUAAAUGAAGGCUGCUGGGUAAGUUCCUGUGCAUGCUGGCCUCCGCGGUACAGGAAAGUACGCUACGGUACUUUACUGUACGCAACACGACGGAAUUGGACUUCUUGGUUGUGUGAAGGUCUUGGCUAUUUCCUCCCCGACAUCCAAGUGACCUUACACAACAUGUUUACAGUGACUUCAUUCCCAUUCGCCUCUCAUGGAGUUGUCAAUAAAGCACAUUUGCUACUCUGA